AGUUGCCGCCCGGGAGGCGCGCGCGCCGGGCGGCAGAGGGGCGGGCGGCGGCGGGGACGCGGCGUCGCGGCCCGCCGCGGAGAGCGCGGGCGGCGGCGGCGGCGGCGGCAUGGGCACCCGGCAGACCAAGGGCAGCCUGGCGGAGAGAGCCAGCCCCGGCGCGGCGCCCGGCCCCCGCCGCGAGCGGCCCGACUUCUGGGCGUCGCUGCUGCUGCGCGCCGGGGACAAGGCGGGGCGCGCGGGCGCCGGCUCGGGGCUGCCCCCCUACCACCGGCGCGUCGGCAUGGUCCAGGAGCUGCUGCGGAUGGUGCGCCAGGGCCGGCGGGAGGAGGCGGGGACGCUGCUGCAGCACCUGCGCCAGGACCUAGGCAUGGAGUCGACCUCGCUGGACGACGUCCUGUACCGCUACGCCAGCUUCAGGAACCUGGUGGACCCCAUCACACACGACCUCAUCAUCAGCCUGGCACGCUACAUCCACUGUCCCAAGCCGGAGGGCGACGCGCUGGGCGCCAUGGAGAAGCUGUGCCGGCAGCUGACCUACCACCUCAGCCCCCAUUCCCAGUGGAGGCGCCGCCGCGGGCUGGUGAAGAGGAAGCCACAGGCCUGCCUCAAGGCAGUCCUGGCCGGGAGCCCUCCGGACAACACGGUGGACCUGUCUGGCAUCCCGCUGACCCCCCGUGACCUGGAGCGGGUGACCGGCUACCUGCAGCGCUGCGGGGAGCAGGUGGAUAGCGUGGAGCUGGGCUUCACGGGCCUCACGGACGACAUGGCCCUACAGCUGCUGCCCGCACUGAGCACGCUGCCCCGGCUGACCACACUGGCCCUCAACGGCAACCGGCUGACGCGGGCCCUGCUGCGCGACCUCACCGACGCCCUGAAGGACCCCAGUAAGUUCCCCAGCGUCACGUGGAUCGACCUGGGCAACAACGUGGACAUCUUUUCACUGCCCCAGCCCUUCCUGCUCAGCCUGCGCAAGCGCUCCCCCAAGCAGGGUCACCUGCCCACCAUCCUGGAGCUGGGCGAGGGCCCGGGCAGUGGGGACGAGGCCCGGGACGAGACUGUGGGCCAGGAGGACCCUGGAGGGGACCAGGAGGCCAGGGAGACUACAGGUGCAUCUCAGACGUGACAGGGAGGUGGGGGCCUCUCCAGGGAGUCCUGCUGGGGUAGGAUGGCUGAGGCAGGGCGGGCGUUCCCAGCGGGGUAGCGGGCCACCAUCCAGAAUGGGCCUGGCAGCACCUCCCCCCGACCCAGGAAGCCAGAUGGUAGCAUCUAGGAAAGGACUGUAAUUCCUCUCUGGUCCUCUCCAUCACCCCCUCGUCAAUCCACAUCUGCCUUUUGGCUCCUCAGCAGUCAUCCCUGGCUCAAGAGGAACCAACCCUCAGCUUCCCAACUUGUGGGUGCCGUGUAGGGGCUGGGGAUGCUGGAGGCUUGAGUUGAUGUGAGCGGUCAGAGCUUUCCCCCCCAGAAAAGGAAGUGUAGUGGGGGCUCUGCAU